AUGACAUUAAACAACGUGAAAAGACUAGAUUUGGCUGUUACUUACAACCAUGUACCGGCUCCAAAGAGUCUGUAUACUUCAGCAUCUGGCUCUCAAGGUAUGUUGAAUCAGUCUAUGCCAAUGGCAGCCAUGUUCAUGAGAAACAAGUUUCUUGCGUGGUUCUCUGUGUUAAGCACCUGGCACGCAAUUCUUACUGCUAUGCCAGACCCAGCUACCCCAGGUGACUCUCCUUUGAUGAAGAUUGGUAUGGCUUUAUUGGCAUUAGGUACCAACUACUUGAAUGUUUUGCUACCAGGGUCCCAAGGUCCUGUAAUUGACGCUGAUAAAACUGAAGGAGCUGCAGAGGCUGUCACAGAAGCUGUGACCGAAAGUGCUGCUUCAGCCACCGUCUAA